GUAUACUGUCUACUGUCAAUACAGACCUACUGGUUGAAUACGGUUGUAUUUUAAUGAAGUUCACAUUGGCGUAUUUCAACUCCAAUGGAUUUACAAAUGGCACCGCUGACCAUAGAAAGGGCAAGUCGUGUCAUUGACGUAUAAAAGAAGAGUGAAUAGCGAAACUUUCGAUGAACACAAUCAUGGGUAGCAACCUUGGAUACUAUUCUGUUGGACGUGCCAGCUAGAAAUCUGUUAACUGGUCAAGACGUUAUACUUCAUAGGACAACCACUUAUAGAUUAUCUUGAUUUUAUUUCCGUUUUUCAUUUCCAAUCAUCAGACCCUUUGCGGGGGAUAUUUGGUUUCUAGAACAGAAUAACUGGAUAACGCUUUGAUGUUGGGUUUCUUAUCUUAUCAAAGCAGUUCUUGAUUUGCAUGGGCAUAAUGACCAAAUGUGCUUGUUGUCACUCGGAUUUAUAUUCGUAAAACAAGCCAUGCCGAUAACGGUUGUUUUACGGCCGGCUAUUUGAUGUAGUGGAUUCUAGCUCCAAGUAUAGAUCAGGUGUUAAUUACCAAUGACUACAAAUGAAAAGGUUCUGAUUUGUAUCAAAAGCAGAUUAAGUUUAGAUUAUGGUAUCAUGAGUGCUGUAGUGUUGCCUUGGAGCUUUUAUGAUGGUCCCUGCUGACUGAGGGUGUUAUGUCUUUGAUUACAUCAUAAACACUUGAUUAUCACCUUAACACACUUGCACAAGAAGCAGCAACGGAUGAGGAGUAUUUCAAGUUUUCUCUACAAUUAUGUACACCAGGAUGUUUCGUAGUGGAAAUACUGCAGGUGCUUAUCAAGCAAGAGGAACAACCACGAAACUUCAACUGCAGGCAGCAAAGGGCACAGAAAAUCAAAUCCCUUUUGGGCCAAUGAAAUUAAGGCAGCAUACAAUGUCGAUUCUAUUAGUGUUUGGGAAGGAGGACUCGCAGAGCGAUGGUUUCUGGUGGGCGGCAGACAAGGCAGGAUAUCAGUGUAACAUAGUAAAAACAUCGGAAGCCUCACUGGAAUCAUAUUUGGAUAAACAUCAUGAUAUUGUAAUCAUUGACCAUAGACAAUCAAAAUAUUUUGAUGCAGAAGCUUUAUGUAGGUCAAUUCGAGCCACAAAGGCCAGUGAACAUACCGUGAUAGUAGCAGUAACCAAAAAACAUUCCUCAGACAAAGAAGAACCCUCCAUCCUACCUCUUAUUAAUGCAGGAUUCAACAGGAGAUAUGUCGAGAACUCAAAUGUAGGUUCAUGUCUCAAUGAGCUGAUUAGCCUCGAGCACUGCGAAGUGCGUGCACGUCAAAAGAUGAGGGCGAGUGAGGCCCUUUUCACAGCACUUGAAAAUAUAUUCGAAGGAGUUGAAAUCACGAAUAGCGAUCAUGAAAUAGAAUAUGUGAAUCAUUCAUAUGAACGGAUGACAGGGUACACAUCUGAGGAGCUGAUAGGGAAGAACCUGCGAGAGCUGCCAAAGAGCGACAAAAAUAGCGACGACAUGCAAGAAACGAUACAGUCUCAGCUAAAGAAGGGAAAGAGAUGGGAAGGCGUAUACUAUAUGAGACGGAAAAAUGGUGAAAGUAUACAGCAGCACUCAAGGAUUAUACCAAUAACUGGACCUGCUGGGCGAGUCCAUCAUCACGUAGCCCUCAAAUCUGCGAGACUCGACAUGCAGUUAGAACGCCUGAAGGAUGCAGAUCUCAACCAAAUAGCCAAUGACCCUUUUGGAUUGCGUCGAGAUGAUUUUAAGUCCCUUCGAAAGGGUUCGUAUGAUGUUCGCUCCUUGUCCAGUGAUGGUGGUGUUCAUCCUCUACCUCAUCGAAGAGAAUCCAUGGCCAGAAUACAUUCAAUGACAAUUGAAGCCCCAAUAACUAAGGUCAUCAAUAUUAUCAACGCAGCCCAAGAAAACAGCCCAUAUACUGUCGCCCAGGCAUUGGAUAAAGUCUUAGAAAUACUCCGGUCGACCGAACUUUACUCACCAAUAUAUACUCAGCAAGUCAAAGAGGAGGACCAGAUGACAACCGAUUUGGUUGGAGGCCUCAUGUCGCGAGGACACAGCGAUGACAUGAUCAGGAUUAGCGAGCAGGGAAUAAAAAGACGACUUUCCAACACCGAAACAUUUAGUGGAUCUCAGAAACACCACCACCACAUUCCGUCUAGCCCGACAGGCAUCAAUUGUCUACAACAGAUCCCGGAAGAUAUUCAGACAGUUCUCGAGUUGGAACAAAACUGGGCUUUUGACAUAGUCGAACUGGAAAGACUCUCACAAAAUAGACCAUUGGUGUACCUAGGGUUGAAAAUCUUCAAUCGCUUUGGUGUUGGUGAGUUUCUCCAAGUGAACGAGACUACACUCAGGAAUUGGCUUCAGGUGAUCGAGGCAAACUACCAUUCAAGUAACCCCUACCAUAACUCCACCCAUGCAGCCGAUGUACUCCAAGCAACUGCUUACUUCCUCGAGCGGGACAAGGUCAAGGGUAUUUUUGACGAACUUGAUGAAGUUGCAUCAUUAAUCGCGGCCAUAAUCCAUGACGUUGACCAUCCGGGCAAGACAAAUGCUUUCUUAGUCAACUCUGGCUCAGAUCUUGCUGUGCUUUACAAUGACUUGGCUGUGUUAGAGAGUCACCAUGCGGCGCUGGCGUUCCAGCUGACAGGGAAGGAUGACCGUGUCAACAUCUUCAAAAACUUGGACAGAGAUGAUUAUCGUGCGAUCCGCCAAACCAUCAUCGAUAUGGUGCUAGCCACCGAGAUGCAGAAGCACUUCGAACACCUGUCCAAAUUUGUCAACAACAUCGUCAAGGUGUACUGCAAGGACACAGACGAUUCAGCUUCAGUGCAAAGCGGUGCCGCUGGCGACCCCUUAACUGAAAGUCCAUCUCCAAACAACGGCCUCUCAACACCUGAAAAUAGGGGACUUAUACGGCGGAUGUUGAUAAAGUGUGCAGACAUCUCCAAUCCAACUCGGCCAUUAGAAAUGUGUCAGGAGUGGGCACGGAGAAUAUCGGAGGAAUACUUUAACCAGACUGACGAUGAACGAUCGCGAGGUCUACCCAUAAUGAUGCCAGUGUUCGAUCGUAAAACGUGCAGCAUCCCCAAGUCACAGAUUAGCUUCAUAGAUUACUUCCUCACAGAUAUGUUCAACGCUUGGGAUGAGUUUUCUGAUUGCCCCGAACUGAUGACCUGCCUACAGACCAACUACGUCUACUGGAAACAGCAAGAUGAGCUCCAGGCAAAGGAGAAGGAGAAGGAACAUGAAGAGGAGAAGGAUGAAGACGAAGCCACUCAGGAGCAGACGUUAACGGAAGAGGACGAGAACGUUACAGAAUCGAAUGAAGCUGAAGCCUAGGCGUGCAGUGGUUCUAAAGGGUAAAGACUAAUUUCAGAGAACAUAUGUGUCCAUCUCGAAAACAAGGCGAAAGUGCUGUCCAUUUUGCAACCAGAGUGUGCAGAAUUGGACGAGGCUGUUGACUUUGCUAAUAAGCCGGACAGAAAUAGAAAAGAGCUGUUGAUUCGACCAUUCUGUUGGCUUGGCUGCAGGUUGAUCGAGUUGGAAAAAGUGCCAUUUACCCGGCCAGUUAUGAGUUUUGCCAUACAGGACAGAAUUGGAAAAAGUGUUCUUAGUUUGCCGGGAGAUGGAUGGAUUGGAAAUUGUGCUGUCAUAUUGGCCAUGAGUGUCUGCCCUCAAGAUCCUUAACUAAUGCAUAAAUUGGAGGCAUUCAGAUAAUAUGUCUCAAUGAUAUGAAUAACAAAGCCGGAUCCGAGGUGAACAGGAGCGUAAGAGACCAAGAUACAUCUGCAUCUAAGAUAAGGAUGUUGGAUGUUUGACAACAUGAAUCAAAUUGUUACCAGUCAAAGUCUAUAGAACUGGGAUGUACGUCAGUGAAUAGAAAGACGGGUCCUGUAAGUACCCAAAUCUAGGAUAUGGUCGCAGGAUCAACGUGGAUCCAAUAAGUGUAAAAUUUGGAUGUGCAUAGUAAUGUGGAUUGUGCAUUGUGCCAAACUUAAAAGCUGUUUUAAACUUCUUAGCCGAAUCUAGGAUGUACAGUGUGGCUUAUAAUUAGGAUUAACAGGGGUCUUACGAACUCUUGAAGACGAAUCUAGCAUCGACAUUGUUCAUUUUACCAUUUUGUGGAAUUUGUGUACGUGUACAGUAAUCAAAAACUUGUUGACUAUGUUUGUACAGACUUUUCUACAACUUCAGGUGAAAUGUAUUUGAUGUAGGUUGCUGUGUUGUGCUACUACUUACAGUGUAGUUCAGGUAGCUGGCUACAAAAUGCUAUAAACUUUGAUCUGGAAGAUAAAAUUACAUGUAUGUAUAAAUUGUUGCCGGAUGUUGCUAUUUUUGAGCGUGACUAUCAUGACCGGGAUGUCCUACAUCAUUAAUUGAUAAAGACCUUUUUGCUAACAUGGAACUCCGCAUUCAGUCGGUUUCAAAGACAGGCAUUUAAAAACUCAUUUGAAACAACUUUGGGACUGACGCCUAGUUGAACGCUUCUCUCCACACCGAGGUUAAAGAGUUUGUGCUUUGAUGCAAAGGCAUAUAGGGUGGCAGCUCUGGAACAGUCUAGACCAGAUCCCACGACAGAUGAACUCACCGGGAAAGUCCUAUAAACUCAUCUCCUCAGGAGAAUUUAACUGACAAGUGGGGGCGGGCUGCGUGCUCUUUGAACAUUUAUUAAAUAGAAACAGUGCCUAACCUAACACAUAUGACUUAACUUGAAAGAAAAAUUGUAAUGUAGCAAUGACGAGGUAGUCACCGAACCCAAAAAAGCUUUUCUUGGCAGAAUCUAGGUCACUUUGACAUGACUGUGUGCGAUCACGGCACUAAUUCUCUGUUGGUAUUGUGAUGCUAAAACACCGAUGCAUAUGAGUUGCUCAAUAAGACAAAGAUGAUAAUGCCCUUUACAAAUUAAGCAGCAAAUACACUUUACGUGCAUCAGAUCUUAAUGUCAAGCAUUGUUUGUCAAACUGCAAUGCCAGAAAAAGGAACAACGGCAUUAGGAAUGACAUGCUUGCCUCUGAUAAUCACAGGCAUAUUGACUUUGUACAGUAGGAUUAUUUAAUACUAAAUUUACUGUUUUUCUGAUAUCCAAAUGUAGUUUGUGCAUCAUAGUAAUGUGAAGAUACCACGUUUUGACGUAACGUUACCACGUUUUGACAUGACGUUACCAUGUUUUGACAAAUGUACUCUUUCAACUUUUGUAUGACGUCGUAGUUGGAGAAUGUUUUUCUUGGUGGCGCUAAUAUUUGGUGCGGACCCAUCAUUUAUAUGAUGUUUUGACUCUCGGGUGGCCAUAGUGUUUACGACCAACUGCUAGGCAGUAUUUAGUGUGUAUAGUCUGAUUAGUUACUGUGAUGAUGCCGAGCUUUAAGAGAAGUUACCGGUAAUUGGGAUCAUGUGCUCUUGGGAUUUGUACUUGUUCUUAAUCAUGGUAAAAGGGGGAGUAGUCAUUUUCGUCUUUUAAAGGGAAAAGAAGGGUGUGGGAUUUAGUUGGAAAGAAGAUAACUGCCCAGAUUGCCACAUGUAUCUCCUUUAAAGGGACAAGAAGGGUGUGAGAUUCAGUUGGAAAGAAGAUAACAGCUAAGAUUGCCACUUGAAAAUAUACUUAUUGGAAUUGCUUAUAUGGACAUUUUUAUAUGAAAGUUGGGCCCCCCUUUUCGUCCCUUAGUUGAGAACUGACACAAUCUGAUUGGCAACAUUGUGGGCUAGAAAAAAGAAAUUUUGGAGAUUGUCCCUGGUUCUUUAUUCAGAAUUUGUCUGUGCGUCAUCUACCUGUUAUUCUGUAAGAUUCAGUCUGAGCCAUGUCAUUGUGACCCGUUACAUCAAAUCGGGUAGUAAACCGCCAGGCCGAGUAUUGAGCAGUCGCUGACAGUAUAAAAUUACGUCAGUUUUGAUCCAUGAUAAGCCCCGUAAACCCAUGCUUAAAGCAUUCUGCUAUUCAGUUUUGAAAAAAAUUAUUUCAAUAUUAUUUUCACCCCUGGAACAGCUCAACAUCCCCAGUUCAGCUGUAAACAGUGCUGGUAAAAACUGUUUUCUCCAAACAUGUCAAUAUCUAUGGAUGGCUACUCAAAAGUCAAAUACCCAAUGUUUAAAAUCAAGCUUAAAACCUAUCUACAUGUGGAUUACUCCAUAUAUCCGAAAUGCGACUUGCUACCUAUUUUGAUGAGAUGAGUCACAUACAUAUCCCAGCCUGAGUUUAUACUUUUAUUGUAUAUAGCAUGUUUUAAGAAAUUAUAAUUACCCAUCUAUUUUUGGCAUUUCAGGAAUCAACACAGUCUUAAAUUAUUAUCUUUUCAAUUUUUCUGCCAAAAAACUUUACAUGUAAUGUCAUUGCUUAAUAGUUUGACUGACGUUUUUUGAGUAGUACUGCACAGUUGAAUUAAUGCUUGUGUAAAUAUUGGUGUACAUGUGUCUUGUUUAUAGUACAUUUAGGUGCUCUGUGCUGAACUUUAGUUCCCUUUCCUAAAUAUAAUAACAAUUUCUGAAGACCUCUUUGAGACGUUCAUCUGAGAUUCUCCAAGAUGACAGACAGAAAAUCAUGAAUCUAGAGGAUGGUAAUUAUGGAGUGAAGGUAGGACUUGCAACACAAUGUAAAGUCGAAUGAAAUGAAAGAAUUUACCCUAAAUUAAAUUUUGUCAUGGUUUGAAAAUCUUUGACUACAAUUUUGGGCAGUGGAGUACUUCCUUGAAGUCCUUGCACAGUUCCUUUGCGGGGCUGUUGCUCAUGUUACGUGUUGGUGUCUUAGUAGAUGUAAGAAAGGUUGUCUGUUCAUCUGUACAUACAUGUACUGCUCUAUUUGAUGUGAUGUAAACCUUUUUAAUGGUCGUUAUUUGACCUUGUCCCUCCUAGUUGUUGGUACUGUUGAGCUCGUUGUAAGAUUAUAUAUGACCCAUCACAUAAAAUUGGGAAGUAAGUCUGUAGACCGAGUUUUGAGAGGUCACUGACAAUGUAAAAUGAUAUCCAUUUUCAUCUGCUUUCAGAUUUUAAGAUAAUAAGCCUCAUUAGAAAACAUAUUCAAGUUUUCUUCCAGUUUGGCAAAAAUAUGAUUUAAAAUACUUUAACUCUGUAUGCCCCAUAUGCAAUUUACUACCCAUUUUGGUGUGAUGGGUCACAUAUUACAAACAUAUAAGGGAGACACGAAAUCUCUUGAGGAAUUCAUUUGAACUAUGAAAUAAAAUCAUGUGGCAGUGUAAGCCUUGGUGGAAAAGGCAUGUAUAUUGGGGUUAAUUUUGGUUACUCUUCAACUCGAAAGUAUAUACAUGAAGGGCCGAAUUUACGAAGGGUGUUUAAGAGUUAGACGCGUGUAAAUUCUACAUAAUCAGUUUCAGGGCCUAAUGCGGUUUUCAUGAAGAAACCCUUCAAGGCCCUGACUCUGUCUAUUCAGACAUUAAACGCUGUUUUAAGCUAAACACCCUUUGUAAAUUCGGCCCGAAAUGUUUGAGAUGUGGUUCAUGAACAUUUUGAAAACUUUCUGCAAUCAAGCGACGGUCUAUAUCCCCACUGCAAGAGGUAUCGUGGAUCUUCAGGACAAUUAUGUAAUUUUGUUUUGCCUCAACAUCUAAAAAUGUUUAUGAGCAACAACUAAUUUGUAUUUACCCAAUCUUAGGGUGAUUAAGUUUGUCUGUUGAUUGUUAUGCGCCAACUUUAUAUCAUAGUUGAACAUUGUUACGAGUUUGUGUUAGGGACUCAGUGCCAGGUUCUUUAGAAUAGUGUACAUAUUUUUCGAUCCUACAUGUUUUUUGGGGUUAACAAAAACAGUGUUUACUUGACCGGGGAUUGCUCCAACAAAUGUUCAAGUUGAUAUUACCUCUUUCAUGACAUAGUUACGAAAAUGAGUUUACUAUCAUUAGUCAAACAAUAGACCAGAUUGUGCCUCUGAAGCGAGUAGUUUGGGCUAUGAACAUUUGUAAUAUGCCUACUUGAAUAGCACCAAACGCCAGUCUCUUUACUUCGAAUACAUCGCCAGUACUGUUAAACUACGAAUUAUUAUUGUUGGCCUGGCUCCUGAGCAAGUAUAGAGCAUUUAAUAGAUUGUAUGCCUCUGUCUGUUAGAGUGUCAAACAUGACAUGAUGUCUGGUGCCCGCAUUUCAGGAUAGAAAUGGCACGGAGAAGUUUUUGAGUGGGAAUUUGAGCACGAUCUCUGCAACCUGGCGAAUGAAAAAUCGGAAUAUUUUUCACAUCGGUCUCCAACUGCGUGUGGGCAUUGUCAUGCAUGUCAAGAUGACGAUCUCUGCAACCUGGCGAAUGAAAAAUCGGAAUAUUUUUCACAUCGGUCUCCAACUGCGUGUGGGCAUUGUCAUGCAUGUCAAGAUGUUUACCUUGUUAAACCCCUGGGGUAUAAAGGUCGAGGGAAAGGGGUCAUCUUAGGUGGUGUCAGAGUCUACUAAGUGACAUUCAAGUUUUGAGAAAAAUGGGUCGGUGCUGGGUACUCAACUUAUGAUUUUUCAUCAUAAAGGAAAGUGGAGUGCAGCCGACUCUGAGUAAACUGAUGAAGCUACAUCAACGAGUCCCUGUCAGAAUAAAGUGUUCAGUGUCGGAGGUGUUACAUACACUUAACUCAUUUUUGCCCGAAUUGUCACUUAGUCGACUGGUUCUCACUGCCUCACUUUAUCCCUUGCUGGAUGAGCAGCACAGUUGGAGGUUCUUGUAUGACGUAUGUCGUGAAUUAUGUACUAGAAGCUGAACGAGUAAACACAUUUAAAUCAAGGGUUUUGGAGUUGGGCUUUGUAUCCGUUAUUGUUAUCCUCUAUUAUUGUAUCCUUGCAGGAAUAAGGUCAAUUCCUAAGCCUGACAUCUUGAAUCAUCAAGAUCUCCGUUUGCGUAUGACCUCUUGAUCUCACUCCAUCAAGAUGAAGUCUUGCUUUGAAAGUCUGUAUUUAUUUCACCUUGAACUUGUCUUGCUGAUCAAAAGAGAGAUUCCUCUUGUUGUUGUAUGGACUACUUGUUACAUUGUCCUCCAGAUUUGAUGUUGGUAAAAGAGCCAAAGAAUGUACAUAAUUUGAUAGUUUGUGCGUUUUCUGUGAAUCGUCUGCAUAUAUCUUUGUAAAAUGUGAUAUCAGUAACUGUCCUAAGUAAUAAUGACAGGUCUAUUUAUAUUUAAUAAAUAGAGAGUAUUAUUA